AAAGUCGAUUGGGAAGUACUUUUGAGAUUCACAUUAUGUUAAAUCAGUUGCAGCUAAAUCUGGAAAUGAUGUUGGAGAAGACAAAAGCAUGCAAAAAAGGAGAUUGCAAAAAAAAUGCUGAUUUAUUUUUUGACGCUUUACCUUCUAUUUACAAUGAUCUUUUGUUAGAUAUAGAUGCAUUUGUGGAUGGUGACCCUGCUGCACAUUCUGCCUUUGAAGUUGUCAGAGCAUAUCCUGGGUUUUAUGCACUUUUUAUCCAUAGAGUAGCACAUCAACUUCAUAAACUAAAGAUUCCACUUAUACCAAGGAUUUUGGCAGAACACGCUCAUUCACAAUCUGGCGUUGAUAUCCAUCCUGGUGCUACAAUAGACCACGGUACAGGAGUUGUCAUUGGCGAAACUACCAUCAUCGGCGAUCAUGUCAAAAUAUACCAAGGCGUAACGCUAGGAGCUAUCAGUAUUGAUAAAAAAAUGGCAGGUACUAAACGUCAUCCUACCGUUGAAAACAAUGUAGUUAUUUAUUCCGGAGCGACCAUACUCGGUGGUGAGACAGUCAUAGGUGAAGGGUGUGUGAUUGGAGGUAAUGUAUGGCUUACAAAGUCUGUACCUGCAGGAACA